AUUUGAAAUCCGAUGGGAUGCUGAUAUAACCGUGAGAGUCAAUGAGGCAAGCGCAAGCACGCUGGCGGAACGUAAGAUGCGGGUGUAGACAGACACAGAUUUGAUUGUCCAGAUUUUGUAUUGUUGUCGACUUGCUUUCAGUUGUCCUUCCCCUCACUCCGAGCUUUUACGUCUUGGAGUCCUUUGCGUCUCUUCAUUGCCGGGCAGCGGGUGCAUGUCUGCCUCGCGAUACUCUCUCCCCCAGCCCCCCAAUGACUUCAGGCUCCCGAGUCUCAAGAGUCUGAAUUUCGAGUAUCAGCGCGACCAGGAAAUUUCGAAUGCGACGACUAUACCGACCAGUGCUCCGACAAUCCCGCAUAACGCUUCCAGGCAGCAGGAGGUCGGACGAGGGAGGCUUGCCGGCCAUGCCCAAGGGGGAGGACACGUUCAGUGGACGUCGAGACCACCUCAGCACCAGCUGGGUCCUAGCACACAGCAGCCUUCGCCUCCACCAAAUGAUGUAAAUCGUCGUGUGGUAAAUCCACAUCCUCAAGCGCACCAAGGUCCCUAUUCUGCUCGACCUCCCAUACACGAAUCUGCCUCUUCGCCGUCGGGAUCGGGAUCGGGGUCAAAUUAUGGCGCGGUGCCUGUUUCAGUCCCGCAGCAUGUUCCACCGACGCACCCGUCGCAUUCUCAGCAACCCCAGAGGACGACGCAUCCCAGCGCAAAUGGGAAGAGGACGAGCAAGUCGGGGCGGAGCUCUCAGCAGACCCAACAGCCGUAUCCACCCUCGUCAUCCUCCUCGUCUCCCUUCUAUACUCAGCAGCAGCAACAGCAGCAGCAGCCUAGCCAGCCGGUUUACCAGGGUCCGCCACCGACCCACUCUUAUCCAGUCCACUAUCCCCCCGCUCUCCACGGAAGUGCCGAACCACCACCCUCUCAUGUGCAUCAUCCACAACCUGCACCUGUGCCUCACCAUUCUCAUUCGCGGCAAUCGACUUCGACUGCCUAUCCCCAUUCUCAGCCUGCACCGCCGCCUGCCCAUCAUCAUCAGCAGGUGCAUAAUCCUUAUCCGUCGCCAGGGCCCGGACCCCCGCCACCACCGCCGCCGCCCGCACAAGACUGGGAUGAGCGACAGUAUCAUCAGCAGCUGCAGCAGAAUCAGUCCCAGCAACGAUAUGCAGCUCCGUCCCCGCUUUCGCACUAUCCACCGUCGCAACAGCAGCAGCAGCAACAGCAGCAGCAACAGGCGCCGCCUCCACCACAGGCUCAAUAUAUGAUGCAGGAUCAGCGUUUAAGAACCAGAACAAGCUCUCAGUCUCGGUCUUCGCUGCAUGGAGCAACGACGCCGGUGUCUAAUCCCUAUGUCCCCCCUCAGCCAGCGCAUUCGUUAUCGCAGCCACCGCAGGGUCCCCCCGCGAGCUCGUCGAGUUUAUCCGGGGCUCAAGCACAUUCGUAUCCGCCGCCAUAUACACAUGCUUCGCAUCCGCCGACACCGCCGACACAACAGCAGCAAACGCACUCGUCCUCGCCCCUGCUGCUCUAUCCCCAUCAAUCACAUUCCCAAUCGCUUUCGCAUCCGCCCCCAGCGCCGCCGCCCUCCGCGUCGCCGCCGUCGUCGUUCUCUGAAACGCAUGGGCCUCCUCAAUACUCACAUUCAUCGUCGCUGUCAGGCUACGCGUCCCAACGGCACUCGCGGCCGACAGAGCAGCGGCCGGCACCGUCGCAGAGGUCCAGCUCGGUAACUUCCGCGCCGGCUGUUUCGCCCGUCGCGUUGACACACCAUCGGCAACCGUCGGGGCCUCGACAGCCGCAGCCGCAACCGCAGCCACAGCCACAUCAAGUGCACCAUCAUCGGCCAUCGCAGCCCACCCCGCCGGCGCCGCCACCUGUGGAUGUCGCGCAAUCGCAGCAGAAUUUUGCCUCUGUUUCUCCUGUGAUGUCCAACAGGCCGCCUCGCCGACCGACACCCGUUACUGCUCCCCACGUGCUAACCCCAGCUAGUGCUCGGACGCCGACUUCUGCGACGUUCGAAUCAUAUCGGAGCAAUCCUCCGCCACAGACGACGGCUGGAAUGGGAUCAAUAGCUCCGAGGGAUCUCUACGUAAAUGCCAGCAUGGCCGAGAAGCAACAUGCCGCGCAUUCGAGAGGCUUGUCACAUUUGCAGCACCCGCCGCCGCCUUCACUGCCGCCGCUCGUAACUCAGCCGUCUCCCGUGCAGCUCGCGCCGCCGAUCCAGCAUCCACCGCCGCCGCCACCUCCGCUUGCUCAGCCCAUCCCAUCGCCACAAGAAGCGCCACCGCCGCCCAAUCCCAAGGCCAGUUUCAUGAAUGGGAUUGUCGAGCAUUGCACAGUUUUGUACCAGUUUGCGAGCCACUGGGCGCAGGCACAGGCGCAAGAUCCAAACGUCCAGCCGUCUCAGCAAGAGGUCGCUGCCAUGGCUGGGCGCGCGGCCGAAGUUGUCCGCUUGCUCGAGGAAGUCCGGAAGCUGACUGCUGAAUCUGCCGCUGCAGAUUCGAUGAGGGGCCGCGCGACCCCGAUGGACGUCGACUCUGCGGGUCCGAAUGACCACGGAAGAGGCCCGAAGCGGACUUGGGCGGAGAUGCAGGGCGCGGAGGAUGGCGAGGAUGAGCUAGAGGAGGAUUCCGAGCCUCAGCCAUAUCCCACGCCGACAGAAUCGAAAACAUCUCCUCCGGUGCAGUCGGGCAACAGCGUGUUUGAUUCCAACCCGCACAACGAAUCGCCCGAGGCGCAGACCACCGCGGAGUACGACAUGGAGCUGAUCCGCGUGAAACGGGCUGCUACGGGUGGGACGGUGGGUCCCAUGGGCCCCACAGCCAAGAACAAAUACCGGAAACGCAGUGUGAGUGUCAAUGUCGGCUUGAGAGGGAAUGUGCCUGACGACUUGGCCCAUGUUUGGUCUGGACAGAGGGCCACACCUCCUGGUAAAUGUCAUUCGUGUCAAAUCCAGGAGACUCCGGAAUGGAGGAGAGGCCCUGACGGUGCCCGAACGUUGUGUAAUGCGUGCGGUUUGCAUUACGCCAAAAUGUUGCGGAAGCGGGAAAAAGAGCACCAGGCGGCUGGGAACAACGGGGAAGUGCCCAAGAUUGACAUGGAGGCCUUGCGAGCAUCGGCCAAAGCCGACUUGGCAGAGAAGAGUGCCCGGAAAAGUGCGCAGCAGUCGCAGACGCCUGCCGAGAAGACCCAGAUGCCGGCGCCCUCGCAUUCGCACCAUGAGGGCACAUUCCAAGUCACGUUCUCGACCAUCGGACCGGCGGAUGUGCAGGCGCAGCUGAAUGGACGGGCGAAUGGGUCUGUUAAGGCCGAGCAGGCUGGGCCACCUCCUGGGCCGGCGGCGGCGGCAGCACCGAUGAUGACGACGACGACGACAUCCUGGGCCACUGCGCGGAAUUACACGCCGGACCAACAACCGUCGUUUAUCCGUGCGAAUGCAUCCCCACGAUGAGCGGCAUCCGCUGCAGCUAUCCAUCCAUCCAUUCGUUUGCUUUCGAUAUUGCUUUCUUUCGCAGGUGCCGCCCCAUCUACUUAAUAUUGUAUCGUCCUUGCACCUUGGGUAUUAUCGCCUAUCUGGUAGGGCUGGCUGUAGGAGGAGGAUGUAUGUAUCUUUGUGUCACUGGACUAAUCCUGAUCAACCCUCGCCGAUCUGUGCCUUUUGAGAAUCGGUACCGGUAUCGCCAAUCUCAUCGGGCUCCCCACGUGUGGCUGUGCGCCAGAUAUCAGGCGAGAUUGAUCCCGCGGAAGCAAAUUCAGAUCGAUCCCGGCCAACUUGGUUUUAGUGGUGGUAGUGUUUCUAGAAGAGAUGGAGGAUGUAACAUUGAAUCCGUCUACGAUCCAUCAUUGCGCAGAACGUGCACAAUCGAGCCCGCCGAGCUGUGUGUGUGAUGAGAGUUAACUCCAUUUGGAAGUUUCCCUUUUUAGAUGACAGGUGUAAUUUCCCCGAUACUGCCCGAUAACGAUUCGCUUUGCAAGGCUUCGGAGAUCGGCAGCCUAGAAAGUGAUAAGUAGCUAGUGUAAUACGACUGACGUCAGGACCAAGUGAGAAACAAGUCUUCACGGGUACGAAGCAGGCCAGAGCACAGCAUCGACGAAUGAAUACAUAUAUACAAUCUCAAUAAUACUGGUAAGGUCGACGGCCGUUGAACGAAUUCGAUAUAUGCGUCGACUGGAAGUUCGAGCGCGUCGUGUGGUCGCCGCUGAUGUUCGUGAUCGUGAUGUUCCCCCCAAGGGUAUUCCCUUCGAAGACAUUGGCCCACGUGGGAUGCGCUGUGGGUGGGACACUGCCACUGCCGGCCGCCGAGGGAGCGGGGGUCGACAUGUGCGGUGGUAUCUGGCUCUGUGUCGACUCCGAUUCCGAUUUAGCUUGGGAGGCUGACUCAGAGUCGAGCUUCUGCUGCUGCACACGUAGCUCGCUGAGGACCUGCACGACAUUCUCGUGAAUAGAGAUGCUCGAUUGAAGCUGCAGGACCACCACAUUAGCGCUUCCUCCACAGAAGAACAAGAUAGGACCCCGUACCCCAAACACAUCUAGCGACUGUUUGAGCCGUGCCCGGAACUGGACUAUCUGCGCGGCCUGGGACGUCACGGUGAAAACCCGUCGGAUCAGGGACCUCGAUGCGCUUUUCUCAGCAGAGGCGUUGAUCUGUCCGAGAGUCCUAUGCAACUCAUGAGAUGCGAAGCCGACGGAAUACUGACAUACUAACACUAUAAGAUCCUCCACGCGCUUGCCGAGGGCGGACGACGGCUGCACCCCCGACUUGGCCAAAUCCUCGUACACGAGGACAAUUGCAGAAACCAGAUCACACGCAUCGUUCGCCAGGGCCUUGAACGCCUCCUUAUUGUCCCUCACGCCCUGGACGGUCUUGGAUAUCGUGAGCGCCAGGCCCGCGGCUUGCUGCACGAAGGGCACGGGCGAGAGCUGCGAGGCCGCGGACAGCGUCGCGAGGAUCGUGUUCGUAAUGUCGAAAGCGGCCCCGCUGCUGUUGAUCUGCGGACCCGACUCUUCGAUGUUCGAGAAAUAGGUCAUUCCAUGCGGGACCUUGGGGACUGCCGUGGAUGGCGAGGGCACAGAAACGUUCGGGGUUGCCAUUAUGAUGAAGUGCUGCUAUAUGUUGUAAAAAUUAGAGAUGUUUUGAAUCCUUCUGCGUGCAUCUCGUUUAUGUCUUGACCCAUGGGGGCGGUGGGCACUGGGGGCACACAGGGAAC